GACGUGAGUUUAUUCCCUCAAAGAAAAAGGAAAGCAUAUUAAUUUGAGAAUGGUGACCACUGUGCGAUGUGAUUAUGUGAGAAGGCAGUGGGCACUGUAAGUAACAUUCAUGGUGUAAUAAGACAGUGGGCUAUUACUGCACUUUCCAAAUAUUGACACUCGCCAAGGCAGAGAGAGACAGAGGGGGAGUACGGAUGAAGGAAAACCCCAUGACCACCAUCUACCUGAUGCUGCUUUUGCUCCACGCCCAUCUCUCAAUCUGCAAUGGGUUGGUCUCCGUCUCCGUUGUAGGCCUGAAUUCAGUGAAAAAUAAUGAAAUCGAAGCAAUCCCCAAAAGGGAUUGCGGGGGAGAGGUGGGGCAAUGCUUGGGGGAGGAGAUGGAUUGGGAGUGGGAGAUAAGCAGCAGGAGGGUUCUGGUGAUGCAGAAGAAGUACAUAAGCUAUGAGACACUCAAAAAGGACAUGAUUCCUUGUGCCAGGCCUGGGGCCUCUUACUACAACUGCCGUGCCUCUGGAGAGGCUAACCCUUACAACAGAGGUUGUGAAGUCAUCACCGGCUGUGCAAGAGGUGUUAGAGACAUCAAUUCUUGAAUCCCCUAUUUUGUAUACCAUGUUGAUCCUCAACAAUGGUAAUGCCUUUUUUUUUUUUCUUUCCAUGUCUUUUGUUUUUUAAUGUUAUGUUUGUAUAUUUAAGAUCCGUGUCUUUCUUUCCUAUAUAUAUUCAUAGAUUUGUGUCUA